UGUUUUUGAAACAUUUGGAACUGUGUUAUAAUGGGAUAGGAAUUCAGAAGAGUUUACACCUCCUGUUUCCCUUUGUAGGCAGAAACAUGAGUCGAAUCUGGCGCAAUGGGUCACGUACCUCUCCAUUACAGCAUAAGGCUGACAUUGAUGAACGUGUACUUACCUCAAAGAGCACAAGGGAACGACUUUGGUGCCAUAAGCUAUGACUUUUUCCAAGCUUUCUCGAAUGUUAAAAAGCUUUCUAUUAGAAACUGCAACUUACAAAAUGCUAACUACACAUUUACAAAGACUGAUAUGUUUAAGGAACUGGAAGAAAUCCAGAAUUUAGACGUGUCAUCAAAUGGCCUCAGAAACUUCCCAAUUAUACCAAAUCCAGGAAAAUUAAUUGAACUGAAUCUGUCUCACAAUGUUUUUGAUACUAUCCCCAUAGUGUUUGUCAAUUACACUAGUCUUAUUCUUCUGGAUAUGUCUUUUAACUUAAUAGGAGAACUAAGUAAGGAUGCUAGAUCUAAACUCGAUGUGGCUGCUGGACGGAAUAGCAAGAUGAAGAUCAAGGUCCAAGGAAAUAUAUUUUCUUGUGGUUGUGAAAAUUUGGACUUCAUCUUGUGGUUGAUGGACACAACAGUGAUAGACGAAUCAGACCGAAACUUCCCUUGUAUACAGGACAAUGGCACGACCACGGGAACUGUAGAUGUGGCUAGGAAUUAUAGAAGUAUUCAUCGCUACUGUACAGGCAAAUUGAGUCUAAGUCUCACGAUCACAUUCAUGACAAUGUUUGUCACAUCCAUAAUCAUGACAUACAUUGUCUCCAAGAAUUCAACUAGAUACCGCAACAUUGCAAUGAGACUAUUGGGAUUUGGCGUUCAAUACCUGACACCAAAAGAGUUUGAUUUCACAUUCUUUGUCGCGUAUUGUGCGGCUGAUGUUCCUUUUAUCUAUCGGAAAGUACGACCAGGACUUGAACAGUGUAAUCACCCGGCUCGUCUGUUUCUGAAGGAUCGUGAUGUUCUUCCAGGUGUUCCUAUCGCCGACGGUAUUAUUUGCGGUAUCACUAACAGCUGGAAGUCUGUUCUGGUGAUUUCAGAUGACUUCCUUCAAGAUUGUUCUCAGUGGUCACACUUUACCAUUGAUGCAGCACUUUACUCGGUAACAGAUCUGAUUCCUAACCGGAUCAUUGUGUUACUUGUGGGCCCCGUGCAGGUGGAAGACCUACCUGAGCGUCUGCUGAAUGUGGUGGAAGAGGAGUGCAUAUUACGUGUAGAGGAUUACCAGGACGGGGACGGGACUCUGUGGAAGGAUCUAAGAAAAACUGCUGGAAUCUAAAGGGAUGAAAUUAAGACAUUGGGAUGGCAGCAACACACAUAGCCAUUACUAUAUUCAGCCAGUGAACAGAUGACACGAUGCCCAACAUGUCAUUUUGUAAUGUAUUCUGCCUUAGGAUGAAAUUCACCUCUGAAGUGAGGUUAUAUUGAUCGUAUUGAGGAGUUCAAUUACUGACUCAUUGUGUACACCGUUGUUAAGGUUUUUAACAGUAACGAAUCAUUUUAGCAGUGUCAUAACGUACCACUGAAGAAAUAUAUAUAUAUACAUACACACUGACAUACAUACAUGACACACACACACACACACACACACACACACACACACACACACAUAUAUAUAUACAUCCAUCUUGUCAGAUUCUGUAACACAUUCUGAGUGAUUGAUCACGGUUUCAACAUGACACAUUCAUGUUUUUGUAAUUCAUUAUAUAUAUGUAUAUGACUUGUUUAUGUUCUGCUGAUAAAUGCAAUAGUUUACAUUAUAGUUUCGUGGUUUUAGAACUACAUGACGAAGCACAGUCAAAUUCUUGUCAUUCAGUGUUUUUAGGAGAGACCAAGCUUUGAAAGGUCAUGAUGUUUGCCAGGGAGAUGAACUACUCUUCCUCCUUCGUUGUAUCCAUCAUCUUUUCCUUUAUAUUUCCUGUCUUUUGAAAAUCUAACGGCUGCCUUGGAAAUCUCCCUGACACCAAACAUCAUUCAAUGAUAUCUGGGGACCUAUUUAAUGGAAUAUUUGCAGUUU